GUUUUCUCAUCGCACCAUCUUAUUUCGCAGUCUUCUUGCCAACCAUCGCGUCCUGCGCGCGGUCGACCGAGCGCUUGAGUCAACGGUGGUACGAACGCGAUAUCCAGCUCCCAGCCUCUUCGCAUCAGUCACCAGGCUUGCCAACACCCCGAUCUCUACUUUUCCGAACACUCUAUCGUCGAGUUUCGCCCAGAUUCUCACGGGCUAUUAGCGCGCACGUUGUUGUCGUCGCACACCACGACUGUUCUCACUCUCCGCUCAAGAUUUGGGCCAUCCUCUCGACCCAAGAUGGAGCAAAAGAAUACUGGGGCGCCGGUAUACGACAUUACUCAAGGAGGCCAUUAUGGAGCAAGUGCAGCUCUCUCAGCGCAAGGCUACGUCCCUCACACUGAACUCUACUCGGGUCUAUGGUCAAAUAUCAACCAAGGGCUUACCGGCCCGUCUCGCGAGAUCCUAGCGACAUACUGGCAACAAACAAUCAACCACCUCGAGACUGACACGCACGAUUUUAAGAUACAUCAGCUGCCUUUGGCUCGGAUCAAGAAGGUGAUGAAAGCGGACCCAGAAGUCAAGAUGAUAUCUGCCGAGGCGCCUAUUCUUUUCGCGAAAGGAUGCGACAUCUUUAUUACAGAAUUGACAAUGCGUGCUUGGAUCCAUGCAGAAGACAAUAAGAGACGGACGCUGCAACGCAGUGACAUUGCAGCAGCUUUGGCCAAGAGCGACAUGUUCGAUUUUCUGAUUGAUAUCGUUCCCAGAGAAGACAGCGCCGGCCAUGGAGGCGGCUCAAAACGACCCAACACGAGUGGACAAGGUGCUGCCAACCAAGUCCAACAACAGCAGCCACAGCAACAGAUGCCGCCGCCAGACUAUGGUAUGCCGCAGCAUGGCGCUAUGGGACCCCCUGACAAUCAAUACGGAAGGCCACAAAUGUAUCCGGCGCAUAUGGGCGGAGAUGCCCAACAAGACCCCAAUCAGGCAUACGGACAACCUCCGCAGAUGUUUGGCGGAGGUGAAAUGUACAACCCUUAUACUCAGGGCCAAUUCGGUGGAGGUGCUCAACAGAUGUAUUCGAACAUACCUGCACAACGACCACAAAGCCAGGGUUAUGGGGGUCCAAGGCCGGGCACUGCUGGCCGAAACGAGCAGGUUAGCGAGCCAGGAUACGGACCCGGCUAGGAGCCGGCGAAAGAAAC